CAGUGCUUCACAUUGUAAGAGUCUGAACACAUACAGAACCGCAACUGUAAUCUCAGCAAGCAACAUGUUAGUGUUUUUCGCUGUGGUCUUAUCGUUGUCACUUACGUCCGCAUUUGCGGACCGAGUGCCGCGCAGUUGUGGCGCUUGUGAACCCAGUCUGUGCGACGCUCUCCCAGAGGUGGGCUGCAAGUCUGGCACGAUUUUCGACUCCUGCGGUUGUUGUUCACUUUGCGCGGCUGGAGAGGGGGAGCCAUGCAGGGGGCGCGGAACCACAGCCAAGCGUUGCGCCUCUGGACUGGAGUGCGUUAAGAGCGACAAGAACAAGAAGACAAAGCUCGGAGUUUGCGCCUGCAAGACCAAAUACGAAGUGUGUGGCUCCGAUGGAGUGACCUAUAAAACUGGCUGCGACUUGAAAGUUGCCAGCCUGAAAGCGGUGAGCGAGGAAAAGCCUGAAAUAAAAGUCCUGAAUAAAGGAAAAUGCGCAACAGCACCUGUCAUUGUGACGGCCCCUGGUGAGGUCUACAAUGUCACAGGCUCCCAGGUGUACCUGAGCUGCGAGGCCAUUGGAAUCCCCACCCCCGUGAUCACCUGGAAGAAGGUCACCAGCGGAAAACAGAGAAUGGAGCUGCUUCCAGGAGACAGAGACAACCUGGCCAUUCAGACCCGUGGAGGACCUGAGAAACAUGAGGUCACCGGCUGGGUCUUGAUCUCGCCGCUCACCAAGGAAGAGGCGGGCUCGUAUGAGUGCCACGCUGUCAACGCCAAGGGAGAGGCCUCAGCGGUGGGCACCAUUCAUGUGGUGGAGUCCAUCGAUGACAUCCCUGUCAAGAAAGUGGCCAAGGAUGAUGAGCUGUAAGGCAUCUCAGCACAGUAGAGCCUCGGUGGCGACUCCUGGCAGGAUCAGGAGAGGGAGAAGCCCCUACCAUCCCACCCGUAGACCUGUACAAUGACUAAGAAAGAGGACCAACAGCCACCAUUAGCAUCCCAGAGAUCCAUCAGAUUUAUAUUUGAGAACGUUGCCAUUUGUUAAAUAUGUGUUAAAUAUUUUAGUCAUUUAGCAGACACUCUUAUCCAGAGCAACUUUCAGUGGUGAGCGCAUAUGUAAAAAAAUAAAAAAUAAU